UUGAAAACAUAUAAAUCACGACCCCAUUGGUCAUUUGGUCCCCUCGGUUUAACAGCGAUUGGAUAGAUAUGAUGCCUAUCAUUAGCGGUGAACUGACUGAAUUGACGUUCAAUAUACUCUUGCUCUAGUCGACGAUACUAAAGUUUAUUUCAUAGCUACAGUCGUGUAUAAUUUCUAAACUACAUGCAUUGGGAAGUUAACAGGAAAAUCAGAAGUUCUGGGACGUGAUAUUUAUGUGUCGAGUGAAGCAGCUGUUAUUGUUUUCUUUUCUGUAGAAAUGGGCUCGACAAACUCCACCCUGUCAAAAAUUCCAAACGUCAAAGAAUUAAUGCAAGAAACGGGUUUCACCCCUGCACACGUUGUUCGACUUUAUGACCGUUUCGAAGCAUUGGACAAGGAAAAGACAGGCCAUCUCCGCCCGCAGGAUUUUGGAGCCAUUAAUAGGUUGGCGAUGAACCCCAUCGGGGAUCGGAUCAUUGGGGCUUUCUUCUCUCCAGGACAGGAAACAGUGGACUUCCACUCCUUUGUGAGGAUCCUGGCCCACUUCCGACCUGCGGACCAAAAACGUCCCAAAGAUCCCAGUAUGCCUGAACCUGUCAACAGUAGGACCAGUAAACUCCAGUAUCCCCCCUGGUUUUCUCCUUCCUUUCAGUUGCCUUCCAACUAUAUGACCAAGACAAAGAUGGAAAAAUCUCCAGAGCUGAGCUUCUACAGGUCCAUUAUAACUGUUAGCUUUACUGACAAUAAUGCUCUGUAUGGUGCUGCGGUCCAUGCUGGAGAUGCAGGUGACGGAGGAGCAGCUAGAGAGCAUUGCCGACCGCACCAUCCAGGAGGCUGACCUGGACAAGGACGAUGCCAUCUCCUUUGAGGAGUUCCGCAAGUCCCUGGAGAAGGUGAACAUCGACCAUAAGAUGAGCAUUCGCUUCCUGCGCUAGCUAGAGUGGUUGCACUGGGUCAACUGACUGUUCAUGGAGAUGUAGCCCACUUUGUGUGUACUCAUCCCUCCAUGGUAAAAACAAGGCUUCAGCAGGGAAAUAUUACUGAUUCCUUUAACUGGAUGACUAACACUAAAUACCUUAAAUGACUGAAUAAUAUGCUGUAACUUAAUAUGUUUUUUACAGCAUACUGGAAUAUGGGCAUCAUGUUCCAAAGUCUAACUGUACUAGAGCCCCACUGUAUAACUACAUAGUAACUGCUUUUAUAUAAUACAAUAAAAUGUAAUUUAAUAAUA